GGCGGGAGGGCGGCCCCGGGGAGGGCCCGGCCUGCGGCAGCGGGGGGAGCCCGGGGAUGGAUCACCCGCCCGGUGCCGCCGCGGGGCUCGGCAGAUCCGCUGGGAAUCGCCCCCGCGUUGUGCCCGCAGGUGCGGCCAGGCCUCGGGAUGCUCGGUCCCCGGUUCCCCGGUGCUCUCCCCAGCCCGGUUCCGCCCCAGCCGGGCUCUGAGCAGGAGGCGGGGGCUGCACUGGCUCUGCAGGGAAUGCCCGGGGGUGCUGCGAGCUGCUCACCCGGGUGCCCCUGCAGCUCUUGUUGAAGUGCCCAUGCAGCUCUCAUGCAGGUAUCCAUUUAUCUCAGGCUCAGGUGCCGGUACAGCUCCCACCCCAGUGCCCAUGCACCCCUCAUCUAGGGGCUGUAUUGCUCUCCCCCGAGUGCCUGCACGGCUCUGAGCCGUGUGCCCGUCUCUGUCUCACCCAGGUGCCCAUGCAGCUGUCCCUGCUCACCUCUCACCCAUACUGUUCCCACCCUCCCUGACUCCGGGGCUGUGAUCACCGCUUUGCCACGGUCAUUGAUCCCCCACCGUGCAGGAGGGGGCAAAGUUGAAUGUUCUGUGCCUGUUACGUGGCUGUCCCAGCAGCUCGCAGAGACAGCUCAUCCCAUUAGGGCUCCCCUUUUAUCCCGAAAAGCACACGCGAGGCACAGGCCAAUCUGCCUCCCGCUGGCAGCCGCGAAUUUGGUUGUUGAGCAGGAGAAAAGAAGGUGGAUGUGGCAGCCAUGGUGCAGCUCUUUGGCUACGUGGAUGUGACCGACACUGGCUUCAUUGUGGCUGUCCUCUCAAUCGCCUUCAACCCUCUCUUCUGGAAUGUGGUAGCCAGAUGGGAGCACAAAACACGAGCACUCAGCCAAGUCUUCGGCUCUCCCCAUGUUGCCUGUUACUGCCUGGGCGCUGCCAUCCUGGUGCUGAACUGUGUGCGCAGCCACUGCUUCACAGAAGCCAUGAAGAGCCAGCCAAAGCUGGAGGGCUGGGACUGCCACUGGACCUACUACUCAGGCUUGGCCAUCUCAGCUGUAGGGACCUUGUUUGUCAUCUCCAGCUUCUUAGCACUGGGAUUCACCGGGACCUUCCUAGGUGAUUACUUUGGCAUCCUGAUGGAGGAAAAAGUGACCAGCUUCCCCUUCAGCGUCCUGGACAAUCCCAUGUACUGGGGCAGCACAGCCAUCUACCUGGGCUGGUCCCUCAUGCACGCCAGCCCAGCUGGCCUUUUGCUGACAGCUGUAGUGGCAAUUUCCUACACAAUUGCUGUGCUGUAUGAGGGGCCUUUCACAGAGGAGAUCUAUCGGAGGAAGGAGAAGGGAGUGAAGAGCAAGUAGCCCCAGAGCACUCUCCAGUCCCCACACUGUCUGGUGUGCCCCUGGUUUUCCUACUGAGAUGUUUCCUACUAAUUAACCCAGCAACCCUUAAUGAGCCAGCUGAGCUCCCUGCAGCACUGGAAGUGACCAGAGGAACAGCCUGAGCGUGGUGGCAGCUCCUGGCCACAGCCCAUGGGGGAUGGAGGUCCCUGUCCCCAGCUCUCUGUCCAGGUCACUGCAGCUCUCCUGGGAGUACAGGACCUCCCCACCUCUUCUCCCACGCUGAUUAUUUGAGAUCUGCAGGCAAAAAGGAAUCCCCUUUGGCUGGAGGGAAAGCACAGUAAUGAUGGAAACCAGGGGCCUUUCAUAAGUGAGCUCUGAGCUUGUGGAAGCACCGGCUCCAGCUGAUCCUGAAGAUAUCAGAAGAUGCUGCCUGAGAGCCAUGAGAAGCAGACAAAGCUCAGAUUCAGCAAUGGAGAGAGCUCAGGAGCCCCUGAGGAUCUAAACACAGAUGGGGAAGGAGCAGGGGAAACUGCUGUGAGCUCAACAACAGCAAAACCUGCUGCAAACACAAAAACCAGCCCCUUCUUUUUUGGGAAAGGAACCUCCCCAUCCAGAUCUGCAGCUUCCCACCCGUGCAAAGCCCUGCAGUGUCUCAAACUAUUGCAAAGGCUCUGAGAAGAGUGACUGAAAAGCACAGGAAUGUGAAUGUAUGACCUAAACCACAGCCCAGGGACAUGGAGGGAUGGCAGCUGUCCCGUGGGGAAGCCCAGCACGGAGAAGACCCAGGGGAAGAGUCAAUCCCUGUCUGCACCUCACAGAUAUCCCACCCCUGGCCAUGUUGAUGCCCCUGCCCCUCCUUUUCCCUGGGUCCAUGUGAGGGUCCUGCUGCCUUUCCCACCACCCAGUGCCUUCCAGCUGUUUUUCACUGCCUUGCAGGGGCAGUGGGAGGGAGAGAAGAGAGGGAAAGGUUUGUUUCUGCCUUCCACACCUUGCAGCAGCCAGGUACGGCUGUGCCCCUUCCACCAGCCUCGGCACGUCCCAGAAUUGUCCAGUGCUGAAUCCUGCCUUGAACAGAAAGACUCCAGAGGUGAUGCUCCAACCCCAGGCUCUGUUUUCACAGAUUCCCAAAACAGUUUGAGAAAUAAACUGUAAAUGACCAAACAAGCAGGGGCUGCAGAAGGGGCUGUGCUGCUGCCGGCUCCUGCACGGGCACUGGAACGUGGGGCCACAUCUCAGCAUCACAACGUCCCCUCCACAGAGGGGCCUCUCCCUCUUCUCAGUGUCACCUCCAUGAAAUGGUUCCAUUUCCUUUUGCUUCUACACGUUGUAAUUCACUCACCCUGCAGGCAUUGCUCAGCAGAAUUAAAAGUGUUGGUCUCUUUUCA